ACCACGCUAUUGCUUCCUCUUUACUUUUGUAGUGAGAGUGCAGCAUUUGUCACUGGGUGUCUGAGCAACUUCAGUGACACCGCCAGGAGAAGUCUAUACUGGCCCAAAUGGCACACAUCCUACACGUGGCAUCUCUCUUUCUCCUUCUGACUAAGCUCAGCAUUGGCCAGAGAGAAGUAACUGUCCAGAAAGGACCGUUGUUUCGGGCUGAAGGCUACUCUGUCAGCAUUGCCUGCAAUGUGAUCGGCCACCAGGGACCUUCAAAGCAACAUUUCCAGUGGUCCGUUUACCUGCCGACAGCCCCGACCCAGGAAAUCCAGAUCAUCAGCACCUUGGAUGCCACCUUCACUUACGCGCUGUACGCGCAGCAGGUACGAAGCGGGGGAAUCUACGUGGAGAGGAUCCGAGGCAACUCAGUCCUGUUGCACAUCGCAAAGGUCCAGCUGAAGGAUUCUGGCGAGUACGAGUGUCACACACCGAACACUGAUAAAAAAUACUACGGCAGUUACAGCGCGAAGACUAGACUCAUUGUUAUUCCAGAUACCCUGUCUGCCACUAUGAGUCCCCAGACUCUCAGUAAGAAGGAAGGUGAAGCAUUAGAACUUACCUGUGAAGCAUCCAAAGCGACAGCUCAGCAUACCCACCUCUCUGUCACCUGGUACCUGACCCAAGAUGGAGAAGGAAGGCAAGCUACUGAGAUUAUCUCCCUCUCCAAAGAUUUUACAUUGAUCCCUGGGCCCUCUUUUACCAAGAGGUUUGCAGCUGGUGAGGUACAGCUCCACAAACUCGGUGUCGCUACCUUCCGGUUGGCCAUAAGGAGCCUCCAGCCCUCGGAUCAAGGCCAGCUGUUCUGCGAGGCAACCGAAUGGAUUCAGGACCCAGACGAAACCUGGACUUUAAUUACGAGAAAGCAGACGGAUCGAACAACUCUGAGGAUCCAAGCGUCAGUGCUAGAUUUUCAAGUCAACAUUACCGCCCAGAGCAUGGUUACCCCAGGGAACCCCUUAGAACUGGUCUGCCUGGUAGUAGGCAGUGGCCGGGACCCACAGCUUCAGGGUGUUUGGCUCUUCAAUGGUAACGAGGUGGCCCACAUCGAUGCCCGUGGUGUUCUGGACCUGAAGAGAGACUACAGAGAGAGAGCCAGUCAAGGACAGCUCCAGGUCUCAAAGUUAAACCCCAAGGCUUUCUGUCUCAAGAUCUUCUCUGUGGGCCCCGAGGAUGAAGGCACCUACAGCUGUGCCGUGGAGGAGGUGGUGAGAACUCAGACGGGCUCCUGGCACGUGCUUCAGAGAAAGCAGUCACCAGACAGCUGUGUGCAUCUGAGGAACCCAGCAGCAAGAAACGUGGCCUUAUCUACCAAGAGCAAGCAGCAAGCAGUAUGGGAGGGAGAGGCGUUAACCCUUCUCUGCAAGGCAGACGGAGCCAAAAGUCCCCUCUCUGUGGAAUGGUGGCACUUCCCACAGAGCCAGAUGCAGCCGGAGUUGGUGGCUGGCAUGGAUCAGGAUGGUACCGUGCAGCUAGGCACCUCCUACAAGGAACGCAAUAACCACGGCAACACAAGGCUGGAGAAAAUAGACUGGGCCACUUUCCAGCUAGAGAUCGCCCCCACCGCCGUUACGGACAGUGGGAUAUACGAUUGCUGGGUGUCUGAGCGCUCCCAGAACCAGGCCAGAGAUCGGAGCUGGACUCAGAGGUUGACUGUCACCGUCAAGUCUCUGGAGUCGAGCUUACAGGUUAAGCUGAUGUCCCGUCAUCCCCAAGUGACAUUAGCCAACACCUUCGGCUUGUCCUGCAUAGUGGAGGCUGGCUUCUCCCACCUUGGGGUGCCCCUCACCGUGACAUGGCAAUUCCAGCCAGCAAGAUCUCAGGUCUUUCAUCCGCUUGUUCGAAUCGCCCAUAACGGCACUGUUGAAUGGGGGGCUUUCCUCUCUCAGUUCCAAAAGAAGACAAAGGUCUCGCAGUCCUCUCUUUAUUCUCAGCUCCUAAUUCACGAUGCCACCGAGGAAGAAGCAGGAGUUUAUCGGUGUCAAGUAGAAGUUUACUCCAGAAAUCCUCUGGACACGAGCGGCCCCGCGAGGGCUUCUGCCAUCUCUCACCCACUAAUGAUAGUCAUCACUUUGCCAGAGAACAAGCUCAGAGUGAACUCAAGCAGUCAAGUCGAAGAGAUCUUCAUCAACUCCAACACCGACAUAGAAUGUAGCAUCUUGUCUCAGUCCACUGGAGACCUCCACUUGGCCAUUACUUGGUACUUCUCUCCCAUGUCCAUGAAUGCAACCUGGCUGACAAUCCUCAAGAUGGACCAAACCAAUGUCAUAAAAUACGGGGAUGAAUUUCGCACCCCGCAGAGAAAACAAAAAUUCCACGCUGAGAAAGUUUCCCAAGACUUGUUUCAGCUGCACAUUUUGAGUGUGGAAGAAAGCGACCAGGGCAAAUACCUCUGCGCUGUGGAGGAAUGGCUCUUAUCUACAAACGGCACUUGGUGCAAGCUUGGGGAAAAGAAGUCAGGGGCGACAGAACUAAAACUCAGGCCCACAGGAAGCAAGGUACGUGUCUCCAAAGUGUACUGGACAGAGAAUGCUACCGAGCACAGAGAGGCAGCCAUCCGCUGCAGCAUGGAGAGUUCUGGCAGCCCGGCUUCUCUGUUCUCUGUGAUGUGGUUCCGCAGCAGGGAGCAUUCAGGAAGGAACAUGCUGGUACACCUUCAGUACGAUGGCUUGCUGGAGUAUGGUGAUGAGGGGCUCAGGGGGCAUGUGUCCUGUUACCGCGCAUCCCCUACAGACUUUGUCCUGAAACUUCACCGGGUAGAGAUAGAAGAUUCUGGAAUGUACUGGUGCAAGGUGACAGAGUGGCAGCCACACAGCAGCCCUGGCAUGUGGGUCAGCCAAGCAUCAGAUGAGUCGCAGCAUGUGGUGUUCCCGGUGCUGCCUUCAGAACUCACAUUUCUCUCCAGGAUCUGCUCAUCAACACCUUUACUCUAUUUCCUCUUCAUCUGCCCCUGCAUUCUGUUUCUCCUUCUGCUCAUUUCCCUCUUCUGCUUGUACCACAAAGCCAGGGAGUUGUCGGCACUGAGGCUGAAAGCACAGAAAGAAAAGCCUCUCUGGAUAGACAUGAAAGGGGCUGAAGACUGGAUGGCCAUGCGGAGGGAAGAGGAGGAAGACAACUGAACACUGAGAACCACCUGCAGCCCUGUGGAAAGUGUGGGCUUUGGAAUUGGACUGAGCAUCGUGUGACUGAAUCCUGAUUGUGUCCUUCUUGGCAUGUGUGGCCUUGAGCAAGUUACCUAGGAAUCAGAGGGAACGUUUAUUGAGCACGUGUGUGCUGCCCCUCACCGCUAAGUGUUUCUUUGUGUGUUACCUCAUCUACUCCUUGCCUCCCCCCAGGGGGUAAGUGAUUUACCCUGUUUGUCAUUUGCCACACCUCACUGAGGUGCAGGGUCCCCUUCUGUCAGGGGAGAGCCUCCCUCACACAGUCUUGGGUAUGAGGUGAGACCCUAUGGCCAAGCCCAGGGCGAGGCUGCCCUCAUCUCUCCUCCCAUAAGUCACUGAUUCCCAGGAAAGCAUUCCGAGUGGUCCAGUCACACUGGCUCUAGGUAAUCUUUUGCCCCCAAAUAAGAGGUGUGGGAAGGGGCCUGAUGUCAGCAAGGCAAAAAGGAAUUGGGAAUAUGCCCUUCAUUCACAUCAGGUCUACUCCCCAACGUGGAUGUGACUUCCCUCAAUGCAGAAGUCCUGUCUUCCCCUCCAUCCCAUCUAUAGAUGGUACUCAAGAGCAUGCUCUGCAUAGACGGUGCCUAAUCAACUGCGUAGACGGUGUCUAAUCAGUAUUGAUGGGUUCUUUGAAGAAAUUAUAAAGCAUUUUGUAGUCUUGA